AUAUGUGUGUGUUCUACGGUGUGGCUCGUCGAGGGGCGAGCGGAGGCUUGAAAGAGGGCGAGGGAGCAGCGAAAAGAGUCAGAGUCUCUGUCCGUGAGAGCUUCUAAUCUGGUUGCUAUGGAAACAUAAUGACCACAUAAGCGGAAGUCCUUUCUGAUAAUCCUGAUACCUGAGAUGUAACUGGACUAAAGAGUGGAACAGGAAAAAUUUUAGUGCUAACCUCAAUUACAAUGGCUACUGAUUCAGGAGAGCCAGCUAGCACAGAAGAUUCUGAGAAACCUGAUGGAGUUUCAUUGGAAGACAGAGCUCCUCAGGUUGCAGCAACUUUGACAGUGGAAGCUAGACUAAAAGAAAAAAACAGUACUUUCUCUGCUACUGGGGAAACUACAGAAAGGAAGAGAUUCUUCCGAAAGAGUGUUGAGAUGAUGGAAGAUGAUAAAGUUGCUGAAUCUUCCUCCAAAGAUGAGAGAAUGAAGACUGCAACAAAUAUUCCAAGAGUAGAAAAGCUUCCUACAAAUGUGCUGGGAGGUGGACAAGAAGUUAAAUAUGAACAGUGUUCAAAGGCAACUUCAGAGUCCUCAAAAGAUUGUUUGAAGGAGAAAAAUGAAAAGGAAAUGGAAGAAGAAGCAGAAAUGAAGGCUGUAGCUACUUCUCCUAGUGGCAGGUUCCUGAAAUUUGACAUUGAGCUGGGAAGAGGAGCAUUUAAAACAGUAUAUAAAGGAUUGGACACUGAAACAUGGGUUGAGGUUGCUUGGUGUGAGCUGCAGGACCGGAAAUUAACCAAAGCUGAGCAGCAAAGGUUCAAGGAAGAAGCAGAGAUGUUAAAAGGUCUCCAACAUCCCAAUAUAGUUCGAUUUUAUGAUUCCUGGGAGUCUAUAUUAAAGGGAAAGAAAUGUAUUGUAUUGGUGACUGAACUUAUGACAUCAGGAACCUUAAAAACGUACUUAAAACGAUUUAAAGUCAUGAAACCAAAGGUCUUAAGGAGUUGGUGCAGGCAAAUUUUAAAGGGAUUGCAGUUCUUGCACACUAGGACUCCUCCCAUUAUUCACCGGGAUCUGAAGUGUGACAAUAUUUUCAUCACGGGACCCACUGGAUCUGUGAAGAUUGGUGAUCUAGGACUAGCCACCUUAAUGCGAACAUCAUUUGCUAAGAGUGUCAUUGGGACUCCUGAGUUUAUGGCCCCAGAAAUGUAUGAAGAGCACUACGAUGAAUCUGUAGAUGUCUAUGCUUUUGGAAUGUGUAUGCUGGAAAUGGCUACUUCUGAAUACCCUUAUUCUGAGUGCCAGAAUGCAGCUCAAAUAUACCGUAAAGUAACUAGCGGCAUAAAGCCAGCCAGUUUCAAUAAAGUCACUGAUCCUGAAGUGAAAGAAAUCAUUGAAGGGUGUAUUCGUCAAAACAAAUCAGAAAGGUUGUCUAUCAGGGACCUAUUAAACCACGCAUUUUUUGCUGAGGAUACAGGACUGAGGGUGGAGUUAGCAGAGGAAGAUGACUACUCUAAUUCGUCCCUGGCUUUAAGACUCUGGGUUGAAGACCCUAAAAAAUUGAAAGGCAAACACAAAGACAAUGAAGCUAUUGAAUUCAGUUUCAAUUUAGAAACGGAUACAUCUGAGGAAGUAGCAUAUGAAAUGGUCAAGUCAGGAUUCUUCCAUGAAAGUGAUUCCAAAGCUGUUGCUAAGUCCAUUAGAGACCGGGUCACCCUGAUAAAGAAGACAAGGGAGAAGAAACCAGCUGGCUGUUUGGAAGAACGCAGGGAUUCCCAGUGCAAGUCUGUGGGGAAUGUACUCCCUCAGCACCAGAAUGCAACUUUGUCCCCUGCUCCUGCUCAGCACACGGGGGCUGAAUGUGAAGAAACUGAAGUUGAUCAGCAUGUUCGACAACAGUUUCUACAAAGAAAACCACAGCAGCACUGCUCCUCUGUUACAGGUGACAAUUUGUCUGACGCAGGAGCUGGAUCUGCUAUACACUCAGAUACUUCAAGUCAUCCCAGUGUGGCCUGUUCCUCAGACCAGAAGAUGGGUUCUCAAGUGGUUUCCAACAUCCCACAGGCUGAAAUAAAUGUUCCAGGGAUGAUUUAUCCAUCCCAGCAGCGAGUAGGACAUUACCAGCAGAUUUCAGGGCUGCAACAGCAGCCAAAGCUGUCUCAGCCCCACAUUUUGCCUUUGGUUCAAGGUCAGUCCACUGUUUUGCCUGUACAUGUCCUUGGACCUCCAGUUGUCUCACAACCCCAGGUUUCCCCAUUAACUGUCCAGACGGUCUCACAGGUAAAGCCUAUAUCCCAGGCAGUUGGAGUUGAACAACAAGCAACUCUUCUAAAACCAGAUUUAGUUAGAAGUCUGAAUCAAGAUGUGGCAGCUGUGAAGGAAAACAUCAAUACUCCUGAUAACCUAUAUGGAAAUGGCAAACAAGAUCGGAUCAAACAAAGAAGAGCUUCCUGUCCUCGAUCAGAGAAGGGGACUAAAUUCCAACUUACUGUGCUUCAGGUGUCAACAUCUGGAGACAACAUGGUGGAGUGUCAGUUGGAGACACACAACAACAAGAUGGUCACCUUCAAGUUUGAUGCUGAUGGUGACGCACCAGAAGAUAUUGCAGAUUAUAUGGUUGAAGAUAACUUUGUGCUGGAAAGCGAGAAAGAAAAAUUUGUAGAAGAAUUGAGGGCUAUUGUAGGUCAGGCCCAGGAGAUCCUUCAUGCCCACUCUGCUAUAGAUAGAGCCAUUGGAACUGACUCUAUAAUUGUGGAAUCCAACAGUAGCCAAACAGGAUCAUCUGAACAAGUACAGAUAAAUUCUGCAUCCACUCAGACCAGCAAUGAAUCUGCUCCUCAGUCAUCUCCAGUUGGUCGGUGGCGAUUCUGUAUCAAUCAAACAAUAAGAAACCGUGAGGCUCAGUCUCCUCCUUCUCUUCAGCAGUCCAUGUCUACAGUUCCUGGGUUACCUCUACUUUCUGGUCCAAGAACCACAAGUAAUAAGGAAAUAUCACAGGAUACACUGCUCACUCUAGAAAAUAAUCCCUGCCAGCGUGUACUUUUUGCCUCCAAAUCAGAACUCAAGGAUGUAGUUGAUGGUAAGAUUUCUGAAUAUGCCAGUGUAGACACUAAGCAGCAAGCUGUAUUUUAUCAAGUGGAAGAUGACAGGCAGAUAAUGGCAUCAGUUGCUAGUAGUUCAACUUAUACUGCUACUUCAGUUCGUGCAGUUCCAGUUGAAUGUGAGGGACAAACCAACCAAGCAGGCAUAUUUCUACCUGCAUAUCCAUGUCACCAAGCUGCCAGUCAGGCUGAUGUACUUAUGGUCCCUCCUGGCGAGUCAACUCAGAUUUCUGGUAACUCUCUUACAACUCUGGCAUUUAUGUCUGAUCAAAAGCCUCAAUCCUUAGCAGUGCAGCAACCAACUAUGGAUGCAGAGUUGAUUUCCCAAGAAGGAGAAACCACAGUGAACACUGAAGCAAGUUCUCCUAAGAUGGUCAUUCCCACUCAGACCCCUGGCCUUGAACUGACUACCCUUCUACCCUCUACUGUCCUGGAAUCAGAUGGGGAAAGACCUCCAAAAAUGGAGUUUGCAGACAACCGAAUUAAAACUCUGGAUGAAAAAUUAAGAAACUUGCUCUAUCAGGAGCAUAGCAUAUCUAGCAUCUAUCCUGAGAGUCAGAAGGAUACCCAAAGCAUAGACUCUCCAUUUUCUUCCUCUGCUGAAGAUACGCUCUCAUGUCCAGUGCCAGAAGUCAUAGGCAUCAGUCACAGUGGAAUUCAAGAUAGUCCUGCACAGUCCCCUAAUUUUCAGCAGACAGGCUCUAAGAUUCUGUCCAAUGUGGCUGUGAGUCAGCCUGCUAACAUAUCAGUGUUCAAAAGGGACCUGAAUGUGAUAACUUCUAUACCCAGCGAAAUAUGUUUACAUGAGAUGUCUCCAGAUGCUUCACUUCCAGGGGAUCCAGAGACCUAUCCUGCUGCUGUGUCAAGUGGUGGAGCCAUUCAUCUGCAGACAGGAGUGGAAACAGAAGAUAUGAGAUCAGCAGUUGCUCCUGAUCCCAUUCCUCUGACAGGAGAGUCCACAGCUGAUACUAGGGCUUUGAGUAGAUGCAAAGUGAUGUGUGGAUCAUUUCAGCGGGGUCGGUUCCAGGUGAUUACAGUUCCUCAGCAGCAGUCAGUGAAAGUGACAUCUUUUGGAAUAGAACACAUACCAGCAUUCAAUAAAAUGACAACCCAUUCUAGUGAAGAAGUUCUAGCCUUUACUGAAAUAGCCAAGUCUCAGUUAGUGAAAAUGGAACCUUCCAUGUGCAAUCCACAAGCUUCACUUUCUUCUCAGAAGUUACGAGCUCAUCGUGAAACCUUUAAAGGAGAUAAAAGAAUUGCCAAACAAGGUGACAACUACUCAUCUUUCAACACAGCUUGUGAGACUGAUGUAUCUUUGAUGACCCCAGAAAAGGAACUGGAAGAAAACUCAGCCACGGGAAGUAGUAUGCAUUCUGGACUUGAACUAUUGCUUAAAGAGAGAGAGACAUUUACUGCUGGGAAACAUCCUAGCUCUGAUAGUGAAUUUUCAGCCACUCUUGCUGGCAGAGGGAGGUCAGUGGCAAAGACUGCUCCAGUGAGUGAUCAGUGCUUACCACUCCGUGAAGAAAAAACCUUUGCUCAAACACAGAGCUCACUCUUCUAUUCACCGUCUUCUCCAAUGAGCAGUGAUGAUGACUCAGAAAUAGAGGAUGAGGAUUUGAAGGUGGAGCUUCAAAGAUUACGAGAAAAACACAUUCAGGAGGUGGUAAUUCUUCAAACCCAGCAGAAUAAGGAGCUGCAAGAGCUCUAUGAACGCCUUCGGGCAAUUAAAGAUAGCAAAAUCCAAUCAUCAGAGGCUCCUUUGCCACCAUCAUCACCACGUAGACCAAGAUCUUUCAAAAGCAAACUUCGCAGCCGCCCCCAGUCCUGGACACAUGUGGACAAUGUCGCAGUUGCCACAGGUAAAGCGGUCCUGAAAAAUACUCCAUCUACUAUGGGCUACACAUCAACAUGGAUUUCUUCUCUGUCCCAAAUCCGUGGAGCUGUCCCAACCUCCUUGCCACAAGGACUCUCACUCCCUUCAUUUCCUGGGACAUUAUCAUCAUAUGGAAUGCCCCAUGUCUGUCAGUAUAAUGCUGUGGGGGGGCCAGGAUACCCAGUACAAUGGGUAGGAAUUUCAGGAACACCACAACAGUCUGUAGUAAUUCCGACUCAAUCUGGGGGACCAUUCCAGCCGGGAAUGAAUUUACAGGCAUUUCCAGCUUCAUCAGUGCAGAAUCCAUCUGCCAUCCCGCCUGGCCCCAAAUGAAUCAGAGUAGAUGAUGAAGAAAAGGGAGAAUUUUUUCAGAAUUAUUUUCAGGAUACCUAAGAUACUAAACAUUCUUCUUCUUGGGUUCUGCCAUAUUUUCCCUCGUUUGAGUUUACCUUCCACUGUAUUUUUUUUUUGUUUGUUUCAUUGUGGUAUUUUAUAUAGCUCAUCAUUCUAUAGAACUGUGCAGUUUGUACAUAGAGCACUGCACACAGAAAUGUUUUUUCACUUCAAAUCCUAUCCUCUUUGAUACUUGAUUUUUUAAAAAUACCGUUCAGAAUGCUUUAAUAAGCUCAGCUUGAGCAUUAACAUUUCCAGGACACUUUCCAUGAAUUGCUGAGAAGCCCCCAUUUUUUACUGCUGCUAUCUGCAGCUGGAUGAUACUUUAAAAUGUAUAAAAACUAUUUAAAUUGAAACUCCCCAAACGUGGACGAAGUGAGACCCUCCAACAGCCGGAGUCUUAUGGGAUUCUUCACAUGUUUAUCUUAGGUUUACCUUUCACAGAAGGCAGGGUAACUUGCUGCAGGAAAUGUUUUGGUAUAUAAAAUUAGAAUAACUUUGUCAACCAGUAUAGACCAUGAGCCCUUUUUAAUGUGAUUUUCUUCCCGUCGUCACAGCAGUAGGAGUAAAGCCUUGUUUUAAGUGAGGCGGAGAGAAAGGAAAAAACAGAACUGUAACAGUUCCUUGAUUCUGCAGAUACUAUAGCUACUUUAGGAUUUCAAUAGUAAUUCAAAGUAGCUAUCUCCUUGUUUCUCAUGUGCACACUACAUUGUUUUUGAGCAUCUGAGAGGCAUUGAUUUGGCUUGCAUUCUUUUGCAAGGGAUAUAUUGCAGCUGAUACGAAUCUCAUUUGGGGGGAAUCUUUGUAUUCCUAACAAAGAGAAUUCAAGUUACACCUCUAUUAAUCCAUUCUUCUGAAGUAAAAUGUACUUGACACAGCAGGUUGUACGUUUUGAGACUUACACAUGAAACACUGGCUUUACAGGGUUCUAAGAUGUGGGGUAUACACUGUACUGCAGUGAGAUAGUAGACCCUCGAAGGACACUAUUUAAGUUGCCCUUAGAUUUUUUUUUUGAUUACCAUUUUUUUUUAGUUGUUAUAAUUUCUUAUUAGUAUAUAUAGCAUCCUAGAUGAUUUUAGAUCUUAGAUGAUAUGGCAGCCUCUUUAGAAUCUGAGAGAGAUCACUGUCAAGUUGCACUUUACUGGGUUUUAUCCAGUUUUAGGAGGAGGUGAGGCAAUGUCAAAAUAGACACUUUUGGAUUUCAGGAAGGUUAACUAUAAUAAUCUUAAAAGGCUGGUCACAGAGUUACCUAAUGCUCAGUCUGUGAAACCCAAACAGAAUUUUUAAAUGGUAUUUAUCAACUACUACAUAUACACAUUUAAAAUACUUACUUUCCACUCUGAAAAUUUCAAGGUCAUUUCUAGUACACAUUUACCUGAUAAUGAGUUCUGUCUACUGGUAAACAUUCCAAAUUAUCACCCAACAUUUCUGUUAAAAGAUUUUCCUCCAAGUUCCUCUAAAAUUUUUACCCCAUGAGCUUGGCAGGUAAGGAAAACUUAAUAGGUGUAGUUUCCUGUUUUGUUUGCUUGUUUGUUUGUUUUUUGCAUAGUCUACUUUGUGAUAUUCAGUACCCUUUUCAAAAAAUGUGUCUGAUAUUGCUUACCUGAGGAUCACACUAACCAUCAUGAAGGUUCUGUCACUAUCAUUUGGGGUGUCUAAAGCAGCAUUUUCAGAAUUGCUGUUGAUAAGAGCCACAGUUUCUUUUCAUAAAUGAAAACAUACUCUGGUUUGGGUGAGUCUUUCUAAAUCUUAUGUACAGAUUCUUCAGAUUUCUUCUACAGUAUUGUUUUGCAAGUUGCAGUGAUUUUAGGACAUUAGUGUAAUGCAAAUGCUUGCAUUGCAGUGUUUUCCAUGUGUACAAAAACAAUGCACCUAAAAUCCAUAAUUCUUUAAAACUGCUCGUGUUUCAUUAUAAGAGUUGGCUUGUGUAAUCACAUUGAGACUUACAACCUAUAAAGUGAAAAUCCUGCAGGUCUUAAGAUCUCUUCUUCAACAGUUGUAAUCCUUUUAAACAGUGUACCCCAGGAUGAAAAAACCUCCAUGGAUGACAUGCACAAUUACAUUUAUUAAUGGCUGCUCUGCAUCAGAUGUCCCACAUUUUGCCACCACCUCUGUUUUAUGUAGAAUUCAUCAUUCAUUUGCCUGCAGACUUUUGCAGUGCCUUGUAAUAUUUAGAAUCUUUUCAGAUUUUUUGCUGGAAAGAAAAGUAGUCUUCUAAAGUUUGAAGAUGGUGAAUAGUGUACUGCUGUCUCCAUGCUGACUGCAGUAGUUGGGUUAACAUAUGUUAUGUAUACAUUAUGUAUACGUAACAUGUAUCAGUUUAAAAAUACAGAAAAAAGUGAGUUUGUGCGGAAAUGAAGAAAACAGUGUUAUUCACACCACUGUGAGUUUUUUUCCCCAUUACUUAAAUGUUUGAUUCAGAUGAUAGUCACUUUGGCUGUAAAUAUUGGCUAGUUUUUUACCUAGGGGUUUUGCAUUAUUUCAUAAUUUUGCUAACUCAUAUAAUAGUGCUGUUUUCAUCCUUGCUGAGGUAAUUUUCCUCCCCAGAAAUAAUUAACUCUUGAGGUAAAGCUCAGAAAUUCCCUUCUUACUUAACAAAAUGCCUGCUAUAUAACAAGGGCCUUCUACCCAUUUCCAAAAAACCACACAAACCUAUCCUUUUCAUUUUCCUUUUUGUAGAAGAGAAAAAGGUCGUACUGAACAAUCCUGCUUGUAAAGUUUAUUUGGGGGAUAGUCUGUAUGUCCAACCACCAUGUUUACUUCUCCAAGUACAAGUCUGAUGAAUAGUACUGUAUCUCCAUAUGUGGCAAUGUGAGCAUUUCAUCAUGAAAUACAUGCUGCUAUGUUUGUGAAGUUGGGUGUUAACAUCAUAAGAAUAUGAAACCAGUAUUGGUGUAAAUCUAAUGAAAAUAACCCUAUGUAUAUUUGUAGCAGUCUUGAAUCUCUAUUUAAGGUAAUUUGCUGUAAUAUAACAAAUAUCCAUUUUGUUUUUCAUCCUUUUCUUGCCAAUUUUAUAUCAAGCAUGAAUUCUAAUGGUUUGACAGCAAAAUUAUCUGUGAAAGCUUAAAAGGCACUUUUCUGCUGUGAUUUUUGGAUUGAGUGUGGUGUGUUAUGUGCAGUAUGAUGGGAUGUAUCAUUUUAGAACUCCAGAUUUAAUUACAGUCCAAUUACUUUUGUUUAUCUACCUCGUUUUCAGUGCUGUUUGGGGGUGUACAAGUAAACACUGCCUGUGAAACUUGCUUUUUUGCCUUGAUUCUCAGUAUUCUUUCAGGUUCCAAAUCUGGCCUGCCUCCUUGUCCCAGUGCUAACCAUGAGUUUGAGAUGAGUGGGACCAUCACUCUGCCACCAAUCUGUGUUUAAGUGAUGAGAGCCAUGUGCCUCUGCAGAAUAAGCUUUGGGGAUUUGGGGAUGGAGAGCAGAGAAGUACACCCAGCUGGUGGCAAUGUAGGACUUAGUUGUAGGAGUCCAUUGUAAAAUAAAUAGUAAGAAAGUACUAAAUUAGACAGUCCAGUGCCUGUAACUUAGCAUCUUUUAUUAAAGAUGCAUUUCUUGUCUUGUGUGCCUAAAGGGCUAUGGGUUGAAAUUGCUUUAACUACCGCAGUGAAAUAGUUGAUAAAUCCUACAGCAGUGGCCUGUCAUUCAGCAUAUUAGCAUAUUGCUAGGUAUUUGCAGUGGCAUUUUGUUAAAAUGGCUGUAUGCUUUUAGUUGAAUUGUAGUUGGUGGUAACUGUUUAUCUGAUCUCUAAAGUUUAUUGGAGGCAUUGACUUUCUUUGUGGUCUUUUCUGAAUGAUGCAUUUUUUGUUUUUCCAGAAACUCAGCUAAUGUUUGUAAGCCACAUGUUCCUUGUUUCACAUGUUUAUGGUGUGUAACACUACAGCAUAUUUAAUCUUAGCAAAUGCUGUAUUUCAGGCUGUAUACAUUCCUGAAGUAUAUUUGGCAUCAGUUUGGGAUUCAGUUAUUUAAUCUUCUGUUUGGUUCAGAAAAACUUGAGAUUUGAGGUGGUGUGCAGGCCAUUUUUUUAAAGAAUAGGUUGUUCAUUUUUUCAUUCUGUUGUUUAUUGUAGACUUUUUUUUAUCCCCCCCCCCCCCACACUUUGAAGAUGAACCAGAAAAGGGGGUGGGUUGUAGAAAAGGCCAUUGAUUUGAUAAAUGUAAUUUCUGGGAUUCAGAUUUUUUUUUAAUCCAAUCCAAUUGGCAAAAUUGUAACACUCAAACUUGGUAAAAUCCUUUGAAAUUAUUAUGACAUUUUUAUGGAGCCAAAUGCUUUCAGAUCACCAUGGAAAUAGUCUUUGUAUGUGAAGGAUGAACACAAACAUUGGUCAGGGUCCCUGAUAGCCAAGAUAGGCAGGGGCCUGGGGUAGUGGCUAGGUUACACUCAAGUUAUUUUCAACUGAGAUAGUUGGAGGAGUGUACAAACUAACAGCUUCCAUUAUGAAAGGUUUUCUUUUAGUUAAAAACCACCUCAAAAAGGCUAAAAGUCAAGCAAGAAGGGAAGAGAGAAACUGGGCUUUUGAGAAAAAAAUGUGCCAGUGUAAAAUAAACCCCUAAAUGCGUGCUUGUCAUCCUUCCAGGUUUUUUUUUAAGUUACAUUUCUUUUCACUAUAAAUUAAGAUUUCAGAUUGAGGUUUGUGGUCCAGAACGUACCCUCAGCAGAAAAUAGUGACUGAUCAGAAAGUGCAGUUGUUCAAGGUCUGUCAUGCUCAAUCACUUAAAGCUGUAAUUUGUUUGAUAUGAAUAUUAAGCAUGUAGACCUAGUGCAGCAUGGGAGCCACUCAGGAAGUUUAUGCAAUUAAUAAACUUUCAUGCAUAAUUUACUAUGAAGUAUGCAGGAUUUCAGCCACUUCUCUACACUUAACAUUUAGUUGUAUAUGUGAACUCUCCUUUCUUAACUGGGGAAUGUAGCAUUAUAUAGUAUGUUGUUAAACUUAAUUUUAAUUUUAAUCCUUCUUGACAUUAACUUUUUGUUUUGUUUUGCUUUUUGGGGGGGUUGUUUUUGGUAAACCAAGUGAUCUGCCUUUAAGCAGUUGUCUGAUUUUGGUUCGUUGAAACUGUGAUUUUUAUUUCAUUUGUACCCAGCCAUUGUAAGUAUUUUGUUUCUUGGAAAUUUUGUUUUGAAACAGAAAAUAAAGGCUGUGUUAUAAAAUGAAUAUGUUAUCUUAUUAAAAUGCUUUCAUAGUCAUUGCAAUCACCUGGCUUAAACUGGUUCUUCA